AAUAGCAACAAGUAGACAGCUGGGAGGAUGGAUGCCGUUAAGAUACCCAUCCUUUUCUCAUAUAAACAGCCACGUUUUGUUUUCUAAAUAUGGAUCUCUAAUAUUUUUAUUUAACAUACGAUAACAGUGGAACAGUUUGUGUUUGUGCAUUUGGAAUAAAAUGGAUGAAUCCGGUAUCGAUAUGGGAUUCGAUCUUGCCUCCUUCUUGUCAAAUGACUAUCAUGCUGACCACAUCUUGGAUGAGAUGACAGCUGCACAGCAUCAGGACUUCAUGUACUACGAGCUAAAGUCUAAGGCGGUGCCAGUGACAGAAAGCCCGCCGACAUUCAAGACUCUAACACCGACGUCGCGUACACAACUCAAGCAACAGUUGAUGAGAGAACAUGCGCAGGAGCAACUGCGCAGAGAAUCACUACAGACACAACAGGGUCAGUCAAAAGAAAAUGGCGACGACAAGAAGAAGUCAAGUCCUACAGAUGUGCCGCGUAUCACGCCGCACGUUGAGUUACCACCACAAGUAUUGCAGGUGCGAACGGUUCUGGAGAACCCCACCAGGUAUCACGUGAUACAGAAACAGAAGAGCCAGGUGCGACAGUACCUGAGCGAGUCCUUCCAGCCACAGGCACAGGUGACGACUGGCGGGCGCGGCGCGGUGCAGUCAGCGCCGGAGCUGUGCGCGUCCCCCGAGCGCGCCUCCAGCUUGCUGAGCCCCAACCUCUGCUCCUCCACUGUUAACACUUCUGAAACGGAUGAGUUCCUGGAGGACAUCCUGUCACUGGACAGCGGUGCUGCGCGCUCCUCCUCCGGGCCGCCCUCCGCCGCCAGCUCCGUGGCGGGGGACUGCGCUCUGCUCACUGAUGCCGACAUGCAUGCACUCGCCAAGGACAGGCAGAAAAAGGACAACCACAAUAUGAUUGAAAGACGUCGUCGUUUCAACAUAAACGAUCGUAUAAAAGAACUGGGUACAUUGCUGCCGAAGACCAACGAUCCCUUCUACGAGGUGAUCCGCGACGUGAGACCUAACAAGGGCACGAUACUGAAGAGCAGCGUGGACUACAUCAAGUGCUUGCGGGACGAGGUCUCCCGCCUCAAGCAGGGCGAGCAGCGCCGCAAGCAGAUCGAGCUGCACAACAGGAAGCUCAUGCUUAGAAUACAGGAGUUAGAGAGGCUAGCGCGUGUCCACGGUCUGCCGCUGGGGGGCGACACCUGGCACGGGGAGGAGGGGGAGGGGGCCGAGCCGGACCCCACCACCACCACCACCACCCCCGCGACCCCCCACAGCACUCCUAAAACACCUUCCACACCGGAGGUGCUGCCGAAGCGUGAGCCAGCAGCCAUGGAGGUGGGCGAGGUGGGUGAAGCUCCGGACCUGCUGCGUGACAUGCCACCUGCUGACUGUCUGCCACCACUAGACGCACUAGAUGGCCUUAAACUAGGAUCAUGUUCACCUUUAGGACGGGAAGGUCUAUCAGAAGGUCUAUCAGAGGGCCUCUCUGAAGGCCUAUCGGAAGGACUCUCUGAGGGGCUUCCCGAGGGCUUGUCGGAGGGCCUGGGGUUAGGAUGUUUAACUCCAGGCCUCUGUCUCGACCCCCCACCGGACAUGUUCGAUCACAAAGACGUGAAGGUAACAGCAUUUGUACGAAAGAAAAUUAUACAUAUAUAG